AUGUCAAUGAAAGGUUUUGAAGUCAUGAGACAAACGCCAUCAAAUACAAUAGUUAAAUUUGAAAAUGAUGAUAAAAAAGUACCAAUAUUUGUUAAAUUAACAAAUUAUGAUGAACAAAAUUCUUUAUUAUUAUAUAAUAAAUCAUUAAUUAAUGCACUAUUAAAUAUUAAACUUAGUCUAGGACAAUUAUUACAUACAGGUAGUUUUCAAGAUGCUGCUUAUUUUGAAACAAAAUUACUUUUAAAAAAUUCAUUACAAUCGGAUGAUCCAGAUAAAGAAGCUUAUUUUAUUCGUUUAACAAAACCAAGUUUCUAUUGGCAACCUGGUGCUAUUGAUAAAGGAAUACUUUUUUGGUUAAAUUAUAAAAAUACAUAUGAACAUUGGAAUGAACAACGUGGUGCAUUUACAACUCCAACAAGUGAUUCAACACGUUUACGUUCAAUUGUUAAUGUUCCAACAUCUCCUGCACCUAAUAGAGAACUUAAUCUUAUGUUUCAAUUACAUAUUGUUGAUCUAGGUAUUGCUAUACUACUUCAACAAUAUGAUCUACCAGCAAAAUUAUCAACAACAGAUAAUAUAACACCAUCAGGAUUAACAACU